AUGAAUGGACCAGAUCGAAGACACAACAUCUACCACCGCACAAAACGACAGCUCGUCGGGCACCAAGUACCUCCAGCAUGGCGUCCAAACGUGAUGCAAGCAGCAAAACGCGCGGCAGAGGACGCGGGCAGCAGGAUUCUCAUCAGCAAGCUGCCCAUCGACGUGAAUGAGCAGGAAGUGGAGGAACUAUUCAAGAAGACAGUUGGCCCUGUCAGGGAGUCGUUUCUGGUGUACAACUCGCAAGGAAAGUCGAAGGGGAUGGCGAUGGUGUGGUUUGUGAGGUCGGGGGAUGCAGCUAUUGCGAGGGCCAAGUAUGACGGCAAAAUUGUAGAUGGACGACGGCCCAUCAAGAUUGAAAUCAUUGUGGACGGUGUUCCUGGCUCUGCAUCGACAUCACAGGUUGGACCAGCAGCACCGGCAGCACCUCCGUCUCUGCUUGACCGUAUGGGUAUCAAACCAACAGCUGCUGGACCCAAGGCAACGUCUCUUGUCCAGCGAACCAACCCACCAGGCCACCCAUUACCCAAUCAACCUCUUGUAACUAAAUUGCAAGCACAAGCUGCCGCUCGGAUUGCUUCAGGUGCACCUCCACCAACAGCGCCUCGUGCCGUCCCGCCACGUCGACCUCGAAUAAGGAAAGGACCCAAGCGGCUGCAGAAGAAAGCAGUCACAGUCGAAGACCUCGACAAAGAGAUGGAAGAUUACCGCGCGGCAAUCCCAGAAAAUGGAUUCGCCAUGACAUAGUUGCUCAAUUAUUUAUUGUCUUGACCCGCUGUCGUUGCUGCUGUCUUGCGCUCUUCCUCGUGUUUAUGUAUACUAUUUUUUGAAAUAAUGUUUUUGGGUGCUAUUUGUUUUUAUCUUAUCACAUUUUGGUUCCGGAUGGCAGACAA